AUGAGUAUGCCAUCCCUGGAAUACUACUAUAAAUAAAAUAAAUAUCCAAAUCAAAAAUCAUAGUUUUCAUUAUAAAACUAAUAAUCUAUUGGUUUCGUAAUUGAUGAACAGCAACUUCCUCAAGAGAGUUAAUUAAGCAGAAAGUGUUAGAAGAAUUUAUUCGAGAUAUAAUGCACUGAAGUAGAGCUAGGACUUAAUGGAGAUCAAACUAUAUCUAACAAUAGUGUAUUUAUGCUAAAUAAUAAUAACUCAAUAUUGGAUAAUCUAUUCUAAAAUACAGAAGAAGCCAAGAUUAAGUAAAGUAAUUGCUCUGAUAAAUAAAGAUAAGAAACAUAAAUCUCUGAUUAAAAUCUUGCACUCAAUUAAACAAUUAAUAAAUGCUAAGAUCACAUAAAUAAUUAAGAUGAAGGAAAUAUUUUUAAUAAAAUAUUUAAAAGCGAUGUCUAAGAUAUGAAGGAUAUUAAAAAGGGUAUUUAGGAAAGCUCAAUUAAGAAACUUUAGAAAUCUUAGACAACGAUUAAAGAUUAAAAAAAGAAAAAUGAUUUGAUGAUUGAUAAGUAGAACGAAAUGGAUUUGAUAAGAUAAGAUGUAAAUUUAAAAUCCCCUUCUGAGUGUGUAGGAUGGAUACCAGAAGAAAUCAUAUACGAAAAAAACAUCUAAGAAAUGAAUAAAAAACUUACUCUGGCUGUAAAAAAUAACUUUAAUAAAGCUGCAACCUAGAAUUAUAAAGAAAAGAAGUACUAGUAGAACUUUUAAAAGGCAGCAGAAAUUGUAAAUAGACUUUUAAAUACAUCAAUGAAUAGAGUUAUGAGAGUUAGAUAGCAUGUCAGAAAUUUUAUAAUUUUUCUAAAGCUUAGGUACAUAAACCGCAAAAUUGAUGAUCUGACUGACAAUGAUUACAAUUCAAUUAAUGAUUUGAGCAAUUUUUAUAGGUCACAUAAAAAAAAAAAGAAUAAUAAAAAGUUUAUGAAAUACUUCAACUUUAUAUUUAAGUUAAGCUAAAAGGUACCUAUUUUUAUGCCUACAGACACUUUGAGAGUUGUUUGGGAUGUUGUUUUAGUUUUAUUUACUUAUUUUUUCCUCUACUUUUACUCAAUUUUAAUGUUUUUUGCUUCAGAUACUCCUGAUACUGAAUUUAUAAAAGAUUUUUACUUUUGCACAUUUUUUAUUUUUAUUAUCGAUGCUUUGAUCAAAUUUAAUACAGCAUUUUUUGAUAAAGAUUUAGUGAUUAUAAAAAGAAGGUAAAUAGCAAAAUAGUAUAUUCUAUCAACAGUUUUUUUCACAGACCUUAUAAGCCUAUUGGUAUUAGGAAUCAAAGUCAUUAAGAAAAGCAAUUAUAUAGUCUAUAACCCCAAUCACGAUUUGCUAACAUAUGGUUUUAAUAUGCUCAUAUUUUUUAAAGCAAAUGGAAUGUAAAUGAAGAAAAUGAGCUUUGACUAUGUUUUUACUCUUAAGGAAAGUGAGAAACAUGUAAUAAAACUGAUUAACUAACUAUUAAGCGUUAUUACUGUUGCACAUAUAGCUGCAAUUGGUUGGUAUUUUCUGGGCGUGUAAGAAGAUUUAAAUAUGAAUUAACCUAAUUGGUUAAAUAAAUUAAACAUCUAAGAAGAUUUAUAUUAUCAUAAAUAUAUUUAUGCUAUUUAUUGGUCAAUAACUACUAUGACAACAGUUGGCUAUGGAGAUAUAACAGCAUCAAAUUAUGGAGAAGCUUUGUAUAUUUCAAUAAAUAUGCUUUUUUUCAGUUGUGUUUUUGCAUACUCUAUAAAUAAUAUAGGAUUUAUAUUGCAAGAAAUUGAAAAAUCUUCAAAAUAGCUUAAUGAUAAAAUAAUUACUAUGCAGAGAUAUCUUAAUAGAAAAAAUGUUAAUGUUUCACUAAAAAGCAGGAUAAGACACUAUUUAUCAUUUUUAGCUCAAGAAUAAAAAGAUAGAGACAAAUAAGCAGAGGAUUAAAUUAUAGCGAGUUUAUCAAAUAAGUUAAGAGAGGAAAUAACAAUUGAAAUAAAUUCUAAGAUUUUAAACAAAUAUAACAUAUUUAGUUCUAAUUUUUCAAAAUAAACGUUGGAUAAACUAGUUUUUAAAAUGACAGAAGUUUUAAUAAACCCUAAUGAGAUUAUUUUUAAAGAAGAAUAAAAUGAUGACAUGUCUAUUUAUUUUAUUUAAAGUGGAGUGAUUGAAAUUUAUUAACAAUCAAUAUAGAAAUUAGGAAAAGCAAGUGUCAUUCAAACACUAAGAGAUGAGAGUUUAUUUGGGGAGAUUUCAUUUUUUUCUGGACUUUCAAGGAAAGCUUCAGCUAGAAGUAUUAAUCUUUCUACACUUUACAAAAUUUCAAGAGAAGAUUUUAUUGAAGUCAUUCAUGAAAAUAGUGAAGAUUAUGAAAGAUUUAAAAUGAUCUAGGAAUAAAUUAUUUUUUAAGGUGAACUACCAUUGCUUCAUGUAGAAUGUUACAAUUGCUAAUAAAUAGGGCAUAUUUCAAGUUAAUGUCCUAAGACUCACCAAAUUUUAGAUAAAUAAUUUAUUGUUUUAAAGGAAAUAUACUCUAUAUUUCAGUAUAGAAGCUAUGUUGAACGAAAAUUAGAAAAAAACAAUUUCAGGCCUUUCAAUUUGAUUUCUAAAAAUUAAGAUAUGAGUAAACUGCUGAAGUAAAAUUUGUAAAAUGAGAACAGUUAAAUUUAGCUUAUGUUUGAUUCAGAUGAUCAAUAUACAAGAUCUUCUUAUUAUAAUUCUGAAGAUCAAGAAGACGAUGAAUACGAAGAGUGUGAUGAAGACCUUUCAAGUUCUAAUUCUCCUACAACAAAUGCCGAUAAUACUUCAAUGAAAUCUUCUUUUAAUAAUUAAAAAAAAAGCCCACUAAUGAAAAAGAAGACUUGUAAAAAAAAAGAAGCUUCUAAAAAAUAUUUAGAUAGCAAUUUGCUUGGUGAGGAUAUUAAUUCUUUACUUAAUUCAGAUGCUUAAAGCAAUACUUAUAAUAUGGUUUCAAACUUAGCAAAUGAAAAUCCUGAUUAGAGAAAAAGCUAUAUUAAAAGUUUUAAUUUUUCUAAUAAAGAUAAAUCUUUAGAUGACAUCGAACCACAAAAAAGUUAUGCUAAUUUAGACACAAGUCAUUAAUUAUCAAAUAAUAACUUUAUCACCUCAGAUUUAUAUUAAAUUAAGUCUUACACGCAAACAAAAUUGGAUUUAGAGUAAAAUUCUUAAGAUCCUUCCUAAAAUUAUAAAAUUGAAGAUGAAGGAUAGAUAAAAGAAAUACAAACAAUAAAAAAAAUGAAAAUGUAAAAAUCAUCUGAAUUAAGUGUAGAUAAUAAAUCGUAAUUAGAUUAUUCAAAGCAGUAGAUAAAAAGGUAAAGCUAUUCAGGUUCAGGUUUAUAACAUUAAUUUAUAAAAAGAAGCUCCUUUAAGAUAUAAUAAGAUGAAUAGCAAUAAAUAUAACAAAAUCUCAAAAAUCAAGAGUAAAAUUUAAAUUAACAAAACAAAAGGAUAAGUAUCCUUUUAACUUAAAUGAACAAUAAUUAAAAUUACAUUACUAAAAACGUCUAAGAAUAACAUAAUUAUAGGAAUUCAAUAGAUUAAAUCUUAUUGCAAGGUAUUUUAGUUAAUAAUAUACUUUAAUCUUAAUUAAAUUUGUAACAAGAGCAAUCCUUUAAGCCUUCUAAAAAUUUAGAACCAAAUUCGAUAGAUAAAAAAAGAAACAGCAUAUUGCUAUAAAACUUAAGUCAUCAUUAAAAUAAAAAAAAUUCAAUGAUCUCAAUAAAAGAACCUAUUGAAGAGGAAACAAAUAAUAGUUACAAAAGUGCACACUAAUCAAAAGUAGCUUCAUAACAUAAAAAUCCUAUUUUUAAAGCUACUAGUAAAGAAAUGAAUGAGAAUAAUAAAAAUUAGACAUAAUAGCCAGCUUAAAAUAACUAAAUGGUAAAUAGCAAUGAUUUAUAAAUUGUAGAGAGACUUUCAAAGUUGCUACUGAAUCCAUAACUACCUUUACUAUUCUAGUAUACUUCUGGAAUGAGCUUUAGAGAAAUGACUUAAAUAAAUAAUAGCAACAGCAUGGAUGUAUUUGAUAAAAUGCAUAAUUUUAAAAAGUUUUUCCCUCAUAAUAACCUUGACAUUGUUCUAAAUAAAUUGAAGUUAAUGUAAUCAGAGCAAAAAAAAAUGAAAAAGUAGAGGUAAAUAAAUAAACCACGUCGCUAAAAUAUUUUAUUUACACGUUUAUACACUAAUGGAGAAAUGACAUCUGAAAAAAUUAAAUUAUUAUAAUAAGAUUUUAAUUUAGAUAAUUAUAGGCCAACCUAUCUUUCAUAUGGAGUUAGCAAAAGAAGAGGACUACAGUUUCCUAAAUUUAAUCACAAUUAAUCAGCUUUAUUUUCUUGA